GUUUGAUGGAAUCCAUCUACUUCACGAACAAGACGGCUUUGGUUCGUUCAUCACCAUCUGUGAAGUUGUGUUUGUUCUCUUCAUCUUGUACUUCACUGGGCGAGAAUGCUAUCUCCUCUGCAAGCAGGGAUCAAAAUACUUCAACAAUUACUGGUCGUUUGCCGAGAUUUCAAUAAUCUUGGCAAGUUACAUUAGUAUUAUCAUCUACAUUCUCAGAUACUUGGCAGUAAACACUGCCCUUGAAGAGUUCAACAGAACUUAUGGAAAUGGCUACGUUAGGAUGCAAAAUGCUGCUAAUCUCGAUGAGAUUUUCAGCUACUUGAUCGCCUUCAUUGUAUUCGUUGGAACACUGAAAUUCAUCAAGCUACUGAGGUUUAACAAGACAAUAGGGCUCUUGUCGGCCACUAUUCGACGGUGUUGGGACGACCUCAGUGUCUUCCUGAUAGCAUUCGUCCUGUUCUUCUUUGCCUUCGUCUCUGUGUUCUUCGUCCUGCUCAACCAACACCUUGUAGACUUCUACAACUUUAUCAGCGCCGUCAUGACCUGCUUCAGCAUACUGCUGGGCAAGUUCGACUUCAGCCAGAUGACUCAGGCAUCUCCCAUGGUGCCAAUCCUCUUCUUCGUCUUCGUUAUGUUCAUCACGUUUGUUCUCAUGAACCUGUUAAUAACAGUCAUCAUGCAGGCCUUCACGGAGGUGAAAGAAGACCUUCACAAUCAACCCAGAGAUCAUGAGAUAGUGGAUUAUGUGUGGGAGAGCUUCAAGACCUUCCUUAGAAGGGGCGACUCAUCUGAUAGGGCCCCAAGACUAAUCUCCACCACCACUGUCAACAUUGACCUCAACACCCACGACAGCGUCACCGUCCAAGAGUUUCCCGAUAAAAUCAACAAGUUCCUGGACUACGUAAAUGCCACGUACUUUGAAGGUGGCCUUGACGUGACCAGCAAAGACGCCUUCAAGUCCUCCAUGUACAAGAGUUAUGCUCCUCGUCAAGGAAGCGGGACUCGUGGCAUAAG